CAGAGCCGCGUGCUUGGCGCGAACUCAAACUCAAAUGUGGGGAGACAACAUCCCACGACCCACGUGCGACCUUUCCCGACAUUCACUUCGCCUUCCGUUCACUCACAAGCUCAGCACGACAUAAACUUUGUAUCGCGUACGAUGGUGGCGGCUAUACCGCGGUCAGUGUGCCACAUUUCUUGCGACCCAAAUGGCACAAGGCGCGGCCGCCCGGCCGACGAGACCGCACCAGCACCGUAGAGGCCUCAGCUUUGCACGACAACCGGAUCGCGAUCACAAGCAGCGGGCUGAGGACGAGGCGACGGUGGCAUACAUCAAGCGAACACUAUGCGCAAGGACUCCGGACCCAUCCACAUCUGCAGACUCGACUGCUCACAAUCGAGUUUCCGAGCCUCUUGAACAGCUCUUGCCGCCACUAACGAGUUCCAACGAUGUGGAUAUCCAAUUAUAUGCUCUGAUUGCCGUAGUCCUGAACCUAUUCGUCCAGACAUGGUACAACCGGAUCACGCCAGAUCAGGAAUUCGUCGCUUCCAUUGUGCAGAUUAUUGCCCACUGCACAAGGGAAUUGGAGCAACGAUUACGGCAUGUCGACCUGGAAAGCUUGCUGUUGGACGAGCUGCCCGAACUGCUCGCCGAGCAUGUCGACGCCGUUCGCAUCGCUCAAACAUCGCUACGCGCACGUCUUACGACUGCAGAAGUGCGUCAGAGAUACCACGCCCUUCGUCCACAUCCCGCUCUUUCACCAGUUCCGGCGACCGCUGAAACCACGCUUGAGCAGCAAGAAAACGAAGCCGCGUGGUGUCUACUUCUCGUGGACCGAGUAUUGCCACUACUUCUGCCUCCAGAGGAUCUGCAGAAUCCAUGCCUGGACGUUCUCGUAUCGGAAAUCCUCGCCGAGCUAAUCUUUCAUAAUGGCAUUUGUGGCAAAGCUUGUGAGCCGUGGCUGCUAUGGGAUGGUAUUACAAAGCUUUUGCGAGCAGUGCGAGGUGAUGCAGCGCAGACUCAACAGAAGAAUGCCACCAGCCAACUGGACACCUUCGAACUACUAACCGCAGCACCCGCAUCAAAUGCGAGUCAUGAACAGCUUCGUCCUCGACGGCGCUUCGACAUGCUCACUCAUACGUUCUGGAUUGUGAUCCAAGCCGUCAUGACGAUCUGGCUCCUGGUUCGUACCUUCACUAUCGCAAUCCUGCAGGCUUCGUCGAUUCCAGCACGACCCAUUCGAUCCUCACACACGUCAGACGGACUGAUUGGAGCGUCCGAUGAUUCUCACCCAACAUCGAAAGGAGUCCAGAGCUCACGCUUAGGCGGCGGCGAAACACAGGCUAUAAUCGGCAUGCAUGUUUGGGUGUGCAUAUCCAAGCUGUUGAUGCUGGAGCAACGCACCCCAUGGCUGUCAGGUGUCCUCUCAUUCCUGCAAUGGACGGCCUUGCAUGGACCAGGGCAAAUCUGCAGCACGAACAGCAGAUUGGACAGGUGAGUCGCG